AUGAGCAUUGCUCCAAUGGCGCAAGUUACCCAACUGCCUAUCGACAACGAUGGCAUUUGCAUGGUCUGCAAGGAAAAGCCCGGGGGAGAUCGAAGACUGACUUGCAACACGUGCGUGACUCCGUGGCACGUGACCUGCCUCCCUAACGUUCUCGAAACCCUACGAGCCGCGCUCCACUUUGUUUGCCCAGACUGUGAAACACUCGCUGACGGCGGAGAUAUCGCCGGAGCUCCGGCACCAGAUCCAUCCGGAGGCGAGCUUGUAGCAAAGAUUCGGGCGAUCGAGGCUGAUACGAGUCUCACGGAGAGAGAGAAGGCGAAGAAGAGACAGGAGGUUUUGAGUGGAAAAGCUCAUGAGGAGGAGGGGAGUGAUGAUGAGAAGGAAAAGAAGAACAGGAAGGGGAAAGAGAAAGUGGUGGAGAGAGGAGAGAAUGAUGUGUUGGAUGUUCUUGGCGAAAACUUCAAGUGCUCGUUUUGUAUGCAGCUGCCAGAGAGGCCUGUUACGACACCUUGUGGCCACAAUUUUUGCUUAAAAUGCUUCCAAAAGUGGAUUGGGCAAGGGAAACGGUCUUGUGCAAAGUGUCGUUGCAAUAUUCCCCCCAAAAUGGCAAGUCAGCCGCGCAUCAACUCUACUCUUGUAGUUGCCAUCCGAAUGGCCAAGAUGUCCAGAUCAAUUGCCACUGGUGGGCCUCAGAGCGUAUAUCAUUUUGUGCACAACCAAGACCGACCUGAUAAGGCAUAUACUACUGACCGGGCACAGAGGGCUGGGAUGGCCAACGCUGCCAGUGGGAGGAUAUUUGUCACCGUCCCACCUGACCAUUUUGGACCUAUCCUUGCUGAGAAUGAUCCAGAUAGGAAGCAGGGUGUCUUGGUUGGGGAGUGUUGGGAGAAUCGCAUGGAAUGCAGGCAAUGGGGAAUUCAUCGUCCUCAUGUUGCUGGAAUUGCUGGACAAUCAGAAUAUGGUGCGCAAUCGGUGGUACUUUCAGGAGGUUAUGAGGAUGAUGAGGAUCAUGGGGAAUGGUUCCUCUACACAGGAAGUGGUGGGAGGGAUCUUAGUGGGAACAAGCGGACUAACAAGGAACAAUCAUUUGAUCAGAAAUUCGACAAUUACAAUGAGGCUCUGCGAGUUAGCUGCAAAAGAGGCUAUCCAGUCCGAGUAGUCAGAUCUGAGAAAGAGAAGCGUUCUUCCUAUGCCCCCGAGAAGGGGUUGCGGUAUGAUGGGAUCUACAGGAUAGAAAAAUGCUGGAGAAAAGUUGGUAAACAGGGCUUUAAGGUUUGCCGAUACUUAUUUGUAAGAUGUGACAAUGACCCUGCACCAUGGACCAGCGACGAGCAUGGGGACCAACCUAGAUGCCUGCCGGUCAUACCUGAACUCAAGCAGGCAAUUGACCCUUUCGAAAGGGUGGACAAUCCGUUCUGGGAUUAUGAUGAGGAAGAAGCCCACUGGAAGUGGAAAAAACCACCACCCCCUAGCCAGAAAAGAGUAACUGCAGCGAUUCCCGAGGACGGAGAGAGGGCUAGAAGAGAAAUAAGGAAGGCACAAAAUACUUCUGUAAAAGAAAAACUUCUGAAAGGAGCAUUUGCUGGCCAGACUUAUAUGAAGGAGAGAACAUGCCAAAACGGUAGGAAGCUGCGUACGCAGAAAACUGUCAUGAAGUGCCCUACCUGCUCACAGGACAUAUCAGAGUUCCUCCAGCGUCCACAGGUUAACAGAGAACUUAUGGAAGUAAUACAGCAACUUCAAUGUAAAGUGGAAGAGGAUGGGAAUAAUAUAGAGAAUUCCUCUGAGGGGAAAGCUGAUAUGUUUGUUGAGGAGAGUUCCAAUGCUUUAUCUGAGGGGCCUGAAAUAGAAUUGUCUAAUCCUCAAGCUGAAGGCAAGCCUGGAAAGGCUAAUGCUGCUAGACCUUCGACCGAGCAGAAGCCCAAGAGGACAUACAAGACAAAGAAAAAUAUGUUUGUUGAGGAGAGUUCCAAUGCUUUAUCUGAGGGGCCUGAAAUAGAAUUGUCUAAUCCUCAAGCUGAAGACAAGCCUGGAAAGACCUCCAAGCGAAUGAAUACUAACGCUAGCCCUUCAACCGAGCAGAAGCCCAAGAGGACAUACAAGAGAAAGAAAAAUGAUGCUGUAGAUGGCUUGUUCAAUGAUGGUGUGAAAGAAAACACAAUUUCUGGGGAUACUGAUGGCAGCAAUGAUUUGCAAGCCCUCAUGGUUCAAUGCCAUGAAGCAGGCCAGGGGAGGCCAGAAGGCGGGGCGAAGGCGCAAGAAGCUGUGGAUGACGGAAAUGAUUCACCUUCAAGUCCCCUCCAUCUGCAAACACAUGAAAGUGAAUAGUCAUGUUUGAUUGAACCAGGAAAUAAAUUUGUAUUCAUUGGGGGGAUCUGGGAAUCACUAGUUUUUUAUUGUCGUGAAACAGAUUACAUUGCUUUGGUUUCUAGGUUAAGUUUAGCGCCAGGUAAUUCAGGUCUUUAGAAUCCACAAUAGUUUAGUGUUGUUUUUAAUAUUUUUUCUUUUUUAAUACAGCAUGUGAGAUAAAUAAUGUUAGAUUUC